AUGUUCAAAGUCGGUCCCGAUUUCGCGAAGACCCAAGCCGCCCGGCCGGAUUUCCGCCGCGAUGCCGAAGUCACCUUCUCCAAGCCCCCGAACCCGGAGUGGACGAAUGGGGACGGUGCCAACGAUGGCGGUGAGAGUCUGAAGAAGGAACAUGUCGAGAUCGACCCACACGCCGAGGGUCGCCCCGUGGCAUCCAACUACAAGCUUUUGAUUUCGGGCAUGGUGCCCCGGCCAAUCGCCCUGAUUAGCACCAAGUCCAUGGAUGGACAGACAACGAACCUCGCGCCAUUUAGCUAUGCACAGGUCAUCAAUCAUGACCCUCCGCUGUUCGUUGUUGGAUUCGUGGGAUCUCUGGAGAAAGCCAAGGAUACGUUGAAGAACCUCAAUGAGACCAAGGAGUGCGUGAUCAACAUCAUCUCGGAGCAUUUCGUCGAGGCGGCCAAUGCAACCGCCAUCAACGCACCCUACGGCCACUCCGAGUGGGAGGUCUCUGGUCUGCACCAAGCACCCACGUCCGUGGUGAAGCCGGCCCGUGUGAAGGAGUCGAUCCUUGCGAUCGAGGGCACGCUUGUUGAGACCAAAGAGUUUGAAAGCCGGACUACUCCCGGGAAGAAGACGGGCGUUCUGGCUAUCAUUGAGGGUGUUCGAUUCUGGGUGAGGGAGGACGCCAUCGACGAGGAGCACAGCGUUGUCGAUCUCAAGGUGCUCAAGCCGAUUAGUCGGUUGGGUGGAAUCUCCUACGGCCGGACUACCGAUGCGAUUGAGAUACCCAGACCUCAAUUUUAG